UUCUGCAUUUAAUGACUUUGUAAGCGUUCGGUAUCCAUUGGAAUGAGCACUUCAAACGCCUCUAAAAUUCUCCGUAACAAAUACAUUGAGGAAAGAAAUUUUGAUGACUAAAGUCCAGUUGGCGCAGGUCCCCCGGCACUAUUUUUCCGCCGAGUUUUUCGGGCGGCUGACGCGAAUGGAAAUGUCGACGAAUCCACCUGAAGUCGCCGACAUUUUGAGGACAUUUUGUCAUGUUGCUAAUACCACGUGCUUAGCUGUAAGCUAGCCCUUUUUGCCGUCUCUCCUCCUGCGCGUCCAGAUAUAAAAUGAUCAGUGGCGGGAUUUGACGGGGUUAAGGACGCUUAGAGCAGGGCUUUAAAUGGCGUGACGUCACAUUAAUCAGCGGCCGCGUUGAUCCUUUCAGCCUCUAUGUCUCGGCGCGUCCCAGGGACGCUGUCAGUGAUUCCCGUCGGGCAGCGCGGAGGAGGAUGCAUUGGCCCCUCUAGGACUUGUUCUUUUUUCUGGGGGGGGAGUCGGGGUAGGUGGGGGGGGUUAAAUUCCCUCACAGGCGAUGCUUCAAUAGGAGGACAAGACAGAAGUCGGGAGAAUGGCAGAUAAAGACAGCGUGGAGAAAUAUCUGGACAACAACCCGCAGUUUGCCAAAGAAUAUUUUGAUAAGAAGGUGCGGGCGGAGGCCCUCAGCGCCGCCUUCGCCGCGACGGUCCAAGUGAAGGACGCGGCCUCCUUCAAGGAUGUGGACUCGGUGCAGGAGGCCGCCAUCAUCUUCGAGCUGGUGCGGGCCAUGCAGAAGCAAGGCGCGCUGGAGGAGUCGCUGCACAAGGUGCUGCAGCGCGUGGCCCUCAUCCUGCAGGCCGACAGGGUCAGCUUUUACCAGUGCAGGUCCCGCAACGGAAUCCCCGAGCUGGCCACGUCGCUCUUCGACGUCACCCCGACGUCCAAAUACGAGAGCAACCUGGUGCACCCCCAGACCGAGAUCGUCUUCCCCCUGGAAAUGGGCAUCGUGGGCUUUACCGCCUCCUCCAAGAAGCCCCAAAACGUCGCCGACGUCUCCCAGAAUAAGAAAUUCUGCGACUUUGUGGACAAGCAGACGGGCUACAAGACCAAAUGCAUGCUCACGUACCCCCUGAUGGCUGACAAAGAGUGCCUGGGGGUGGCGGUGGCACUCAACAAGAUCGGAGCGGCUCACUUCACGCCCGAGGAUGAAGCGCUCUUCCACAAGUACAUGACCUUCGCUCACGUCAUCGCCCUGCAGCAUCACACCGCCUACAUGUUCAACGUGGAGUCCCGGAGGAGUCAGGUGCUGCUCUGGUCAGCCAGUAAGGUUUUUGAAGAGUUGACGGACAUUGAGAGGCAGUUCCACAAAGCCCUUUACACGGUGAGGAUCUACCUGAACUGCGAACGCUACUCCGUGGGCCUCCUGGACAUGACCAAGGAGAAGGAAUUCUACGACGAAUGGCCGGUCAAACUGGGAGACGUGGAGCCGUACAAAGGCCCCAAGACGCCCGACGGAAGGGAGAUCAUCUUUUACAAAAUCAUUGACUACCUCCUGGAGGGCAAGGAGGAAAUUAAAGUCAUACCCGGUCCUCCCGCCGAUCAUUGGGCUUUGGUUAGCGGACUUCCCACCUACGUGGCGGAGAACGGCUUUAUUUGCAACAUGAUGAACGUGGCCGCAGAUGACUUCUUCACUUUUCAGAAAGAAGCGGUGGACGAGACGGGUUUCGUCAUCAAGAACGUCUUGUCUCUGCCCAUCGUCAACAAGAAGGAGGAAAUCGUGGGCAUCGCUACUUUCUUCAACCGCAAAGACGGCAAGCCCUUCGACGAAUACGACGAGCAGAUCACCGAGGCGCUGACCCAAUUCCUGGGCUGGUCGGUGCUCAACUGCGACACCUACGACAAACUCAACCACAUGGAGUAUAGGAAAGACAUCGCCCAGGAGAUGCUCAUGUACCAGAGCAAGUGCACCCCCGGCGAGCUGCAGUCCAUCCUGAACACCAAAGAAAAGUUCAGUUGUGAGCCGGAGGACUGCGACCAGAAGGAGAUGUACAAACUCUUGAGAGCGACGUGCCCGACGGCCGACAACGUCAACGGCGAGAACUUGUACUCGUUCGCCUUCAGCGACUUCCCCGUCUCGGAGUUCGACCUCAUCAAGGCCGGCAUUCGCAUGUUCUUUGAGCUGGGCGUGGUGGAGAAGUUCAAAGUUCCCGCAGAGACGCUGACCCGCUGGAUGUACACGGUGCGCAAGGGCUACCGCUCCAUCACCUACCACAACUGGCGGCACGGCUUCAACGUGGGCCACACCAUGUUCUGCCUGCUCCAGACAGGGAAGCUGCGCAAGUACUACUCGGACCUGGACGCCUUCGCCAUGGUGGCCGCCGCUUUCUGCCACGAUAUCGACCACAGAGGCACAAACAACCUCUACCAGACCAAGAGCGCAUCACCUCUGGCCAAACUUCACGGCUCGUCCAUCAUGGAGAGGCACCACUUGGAGUACAGCAAAACCCUGAUGGGCGAGGAGACUUUGAACAUCUUCUGCAACCUUCAGAAGCGCCAGUUUGAGACGGUGCAGCACCUGUUUGACGUCUGCAUCAUCGCCACCGAUCUGGCGCUUUACUUCAAAAAGAGAACCAUGUUCCAAAACAUCGUGAACGCCACCGAGCCCAUGACGGAUGAAAAGGAGGCCACCGCCUUCAUCUCCAACAACCCCGUCAGAAAGGAGAUCGUCAUGGCCAUGAUGAUGACCGGCUGCGACCUGUCCGCCAUCACCAAACCGUGGGAAGUGCAGAGCAAGGUGGCACUGAUGGUCGCGGCGGAGUUCUGGGAACAAGGAGACUUGGAGAGAUCCGUUUUGGAUCAACAACCGAUUCCCAUGAUGGACAGGAACUGCGCCGAGCAGCUACCCAAGAUGCAGUGCGGCUUCAUUGACUUUGUGUGCUCCUUUGUCUACAAGGAGUUUGCCCGCUUCCACAAAGAGAUCGCGCCCAUGUUUGACGGCCUCAACAACAACCGCGCCCACUGGAACGAGCAGGCCGAGGUGUACAACGCCAAGAUGAAGGCCAUCGAGGACGAGAAGAAGAAACUGGAGGAGGAGGAAGCCCGCAGAGCUGGUGGCGGUGAUGGGAAGUCAAAAACAUGCACAAUCUGCUAAAUUCUACAUUACGGACUGCAGCUGGACUGGUUCAACCUUCUCUUUGGAUCUAUAAGCAGGUCUGGUCUCGACCACUUUUUUUUUUUUUUUUUUUUGAAGUCUUCCCUAGUUCCAUCCGGAUUAGCAACCCAAGGAGGCAAAUUUCCAAAAACAAUGAUGAACAAUAGGAGAACUUUCAGGACAAGUCAGACGAUGGAAUCAUUUUUUCUCAGGAGAAAGCUCUUCUUCUUCUUCGGACGGCAUCCAUGGACUGUUUAUGCUUGCUGGCCAAUUAGCACGUUUUUUUUUGUAGCUUCAAAUCGCUACUAAAAGUCGUCCAAUCGGAAGACGAAUGCGCCCCUUUUUAACAUACGGCAAGGACAUAUGCGGUUUAAAAAACAAACUGACAACAAUUCACAUGUCGGUGUGUCCAAAACAUUCAUGAACGUUUGUAUGAUUGACCGCUAGCAAAGAAAAGUUUGAAACAUUAGGCUGCCCCACCAGAGUUUGCACAGCCUGGUCCACGUAAACGUUAGCAAUUUAGCCGCUCAUAAGUAGCCGGCAUUGAAGGCAGCGAUCGAUCGUGUCGUUUGGGGCACGGCACAGUCUCGUUUGCAAGUAGCACGGCGUCAUUAUUCUUCCCGAUUGGUCCGUUUCUUAGUAGUUCUCUGUAAUUUGAUUGGAUUCUGCAUUUGUUGUACAGUAGAAUAACACAGUUUGAAAUGAAUGGAAAAAAGGAUGUGAAUAAAAUGUUUCAUUGCUCGAA